UGGGCCGAGGCCAGUGUGAGCUACAGCCCUGGCUGAGGUGUGAGAAGGGGAGCUGGCCUCUCUCCCCACCCAGCAGCAUUGCCCUGGUGUGCCUGUCUCCUGCCCUGGGUUCUGAGGGGUCAGGGAGGAAGGAAGGGCAUGUGUCCUGGCCUGGGGGGUACCCCACAGCUCCCUGCCCAGGGAGGGAUGUGGAGGGGUGUCUGUGGCAGCAGAGAGGGCUGUGCCCGAGCCCCUGCCUGUGGAGGUGGGGUUCCUGACAUGAAGAGGAGCUCCAGCAGCAGCUGUCAUGGAGCUAAUGCAGGGAAAGCCAGGAGAGUGAGCACUCGGGGCAUUCCCUGGGAUGUAAAGUCAUAGGGCAGGCAAGAGAGAUGGUAGUGGCUGCAUGCCAGGAAUGGGUGGCACAGAGCCCAGGCCAUCUCCUCUGCUCUCAGGGUUGGCAUCUAGCCAGCGUCAAGUGCUGCUCAUCCACAAGCACCAGGCUGCAGAGGUGCCCAGGCUUCCUCAGCCUGUGAGAGGUGGGCAACAUGGAUGCAAGGAAACAGCCGUGAGUGGCUCAAGAGCAGUGACCAGCCCAUGUCAAGGGACAGAAGGUCCCACAAUUGUGACAAGAGCUCCUUCUUUGUGUACUGGCAGCACUUCAUGGUGGUGAGCAACAAUGGAUGGAGCCCAGGGUGUGCUGACAGCACAUCUGGCUCAGGGAGAGCGCUCCCAGCUUCGUGGUCCUUGGCACCUGCAGGUUAUCUGUUAGGGCUUGGUGGGCAUCACCCACAUGUUGAGCCACCCUGUUCAACCACCUGCCUCAGCCACAGGCUGUGUCAUGAAAGGGGGGAUGUUUUUGUGCCACAGCAUCCCUUUCCCCAGCACUGAAGCACCACAUUUAUCCUCCUUGUAGUGUGCAGGAACUACCUGCAGACAGGCUCAGCGUGCUGGGCAGCCUGGUGCUGAGCAGAGCGAUUCCUGGAGGUGCUCCUGGCUGUCACUGGAGCUUGUGUGGGGUAAAUCACAGUCUCUGAGACUGUGGAAAGCCAGCCUUGGUGCCUCAUGCCAGCUGCUUCUAGGACAGCAAACCUUUGGCAGGGAGAAAGCUGUUCUGGGAAGAAAAGGAGCUCACCAGGGGAAAGGUCACAGGCACCCCACUCCCCUUCAAGGGUUCCCUCAAGUUCAGGAGUGCUGUGGCCUGACCUCCCUCUGCUAGGACUCUGCUGCUGACCUGGGAGUGGGACACUGCUCACCACCUUGGUCUGGGUUAUCUCCACUGCAUUUUCUUGGCACAUCAACUCCCUCUCCCAGCACCCAGCUCUGUCAUCAAUGAUGCUGGAGGGCAGCUGCUGGGCAGGCAGCCUAGCCACGGCCCUUCAGCCCAUCACAGACCUGCUGGGCUGGCAACAGCCCUGGGCCAGGAGCCAGGCAGCUGUGUGCCCAGGGGUGGAUCCCUGCUACCUUCGUCAUCACCCCCUCCUGAGCAGCCAGCCGCUUGGCCCCUGCGCCCCUGGAGGGUACAAAAGGAGGCCGGGAGCAGCGGGGUCAGCAGGUUCAGAGCAGCCACAGGCGCCGGAGGCUGCGGGACAUCGCUUACUGCCGCCACCAUGACCAUCUUCUGCAGCCACUGCCACAGGCCGCUGCAGGCUGAGAUGAGCUGCUUGCCCAGGAGGGACAGGCAGGUGCCCAGCGCCUCGAAGCCGUUCAGGUCAACCAAGAGUGCCUCCAAGGCUCGGCGGGACCAGAUCAACGCGGAGCUGCAGGCGCUGCGCUCUCUGCUGCCUGUGUCCGCCCGGGAGAAGGAGCGGCUCUCCUAUCUCCACACCAUGGCCCUGGUGUGCCUCCGGCUGCGGGGGGCUCAGAUGUUCCCUCCAGACUCGGCUGCUGCCGCGGAACCGAUCCUCGGCACGGAGCUGCUCUCCCUGCUGCCAGGGUUUCUGCUGGUGCUCUCAGCCACUGGCAAGCUGGUGUACAUCUCAGAGAACGUGGCUCAGAUCCUGGGCCUCUCUGUGGUGGAGCUGCUGGCCCAGGGAGACACGAUCUUUGACAUCCUCGAUGGGCGAUCGCAGGAGGAGGCACGCAAGAAGCUCCUCCUCGCCCAGGACCAGCCUGGCAGGGAGGUCACAUUUGUCAGUGAGAUGCGCACCUCCAAGGCCUUCCGGCUGCAGCACGGUGGCAAUCGGGCCGUGGCAGUGUGUGGGCACUUCAGGGCUCUGCGCUGGCCACCAUCCCCCUCCACCACAGCCUUCCUGGCCCUCUGCACCCCUGUUGCACGGUUGCCUGCAGAUGCCGAUGCCAUUUCCCAGGACGACCUAUUCCAGAGCACACACCUCCUAGACAUGACGCUUGCUGAUGUCACGGAGAGCAUCACCUACCACCUCGGUUACCGCAGGGAGGAACUGAUUGGGCAGUCGUGGUACAGCCUCCUGCACCCCGAGGAUGCUGAGCUGGCAGCAGCCCAGCACCGGGCUGUGGCGCUGGGCACCGCCGGGACCGGGACCGCCGUGCUGCGCAUCCUGCGCAGGGACCGCACCUGGGCCUGGCUCCGCGUAUCGGCGCGGCGCGACGGCGGAGGCCACGCCAUCAGCUGCACCAGCCGCUGCCUCAGGGAGGAAGAGGCGGUCUACCUGCGCGCCCGGCAGCACCCGCCCGCGCCCCGCAUCGCCGCUCCGCAGCCGCCGGGCCAGGAGCUCAGCCGUCUGGCCGCGCAGCUCCGCGCCCUGGCCGACCGCCUCUCGCCGCCCGCCGCCGCUCCGGACCGACCCCGGCCGCAGCCCUGGCCCGCGGCGGGACCCGAGGCGGGGCCGCCCCUUCCCCGCCUCCCGGGACACCCCGUGCCGGGGGCGUGGCCUCCCACCGCGCACACGCGCCGCGCGCCCUGCCUCAGCCAAUAAACGCCCCUGCUCCCGCCCGCCCGUGUCUGCGCGUGCGCCGGCCCUGCCGCUUCCGCUGCCGCGCG